AUGGCAGCGAUACGGACUAUAGACGAGAAAAGCGACAUCGACCAGCCUGAGGCACUCGCGCUCGAAACCAAGAGCCAAGGCUCCUCCGAGGCACCUGGCUGGACUGCGGAGGAAGAAACCGUUGUUCGUAGGAAGCUGGACUGGCAGCUAGUGCCAACCGUCACUCUUCUAUACCUCCUUUGUUUUCUUGACCGAAUAAACAUAGGAAAUGCCCGUAUUCAGGGAAUGCAAGAGGAUCUAAACCUCGUCGGAUACCGAUUCAACAUCGCAACUAGCAUCUUCUAUAUCGUCUACUUGACGGUCGAGGUGCCGUCUAACAUCAUCUUAAAACGUGUCGGUCCACGAUUCUACCUUCCUGGAUUGGUUGUUGGGUUCGGUGCUGUGUCCGUAGCGACAGCUUUCGUGAGGUCGUACGAGCAAUUAUGUGCCGUUCGCGCAUUAUUAGGUAUCUUCGAAGGCGGAACCAUGCCUGGUUUGGCCUUCUUCCUCAGUUCUUUCUAUAAGAGGGAAGAACUAUACUUCAGAAUUGGAAUUUACGUCUCGGCCGCAUCGCUUGCUGGCGCAUUCGGUGGACUAUUAGCCGCAGGAUUCUCACAGAUCCCCGACUGGGGAAUUGCUAGCGCAAGGUUGCACACAUGGCGCAAUAUCUUCUUCUUCGAGGGUAUCAUCACCAUUCUCUUCGCCGCGUUCGCCCCUAUCAUCUUACCACAGAGCCCCGAAACGUCAAGGGUUCUUACAGACCGCGAGAAGUGGAUCGCCUCCGAACGACUUCGCCUCGAGCACAAAGCCAGUCCUAAUGAAAAGGUACAGAAGCGCCAUGUUAAGCGCGCACUACUUAACAUUAAUAACUACAUCUGUGCCGCAGGGUUCUUCUCUAUCAACGUUACAGUUCAGGGUCUUUCCGUCUUUAUGCCUACUCUUCUUAGGGAGUUAGGAUGGGAGUCGCUGACUGCGCAGUACUACACUGUUCCCGUUUAUGUUGCCGCCUCGCUGAUCGCAAUCGCCGUCGGUUUCAUCAGCGACAAGACAAGGAUGCGCGGUAUCUAUCUUGCUGUAUUUACGUUUCUCGGUAUUACAGGCUUCGCGAUGCUCCGGUGGGGCACGGGCAACCAUCUCAAGUACGCCGCUGUCUACCUCUGCGCCGUCGGCGCAUUUCCCGGCGGGCCCGGAUUCUUGUCUUGGGGUCUCAACAACUCGGCCGGCCCGGCAGUGCGAGCCGUCUCUAGUAGUUGGAUUGUUACGUUGGGUACCAUGGGUGGUAUCUUGGCUGUCUGGGCUUACCUCCCCAACGAUGGACCAUCGUUCCCUAUCGGCCACACGAUCAACCUCGUUGCGCAAAUCUUCGCCCUGUUCCUCUCUACCGGUGGCAUUGCCUACUGCUUGUGGGAGAAUCGCGUACGGGCUCGCGGUGGCCGGGACAGUCGGCUCGUGGGUUUGACGGAAGAAGAGAAGGCAGAUUUGGGGUACAGACACCCUGAUUUCCGCUAUAUCGCGUAA